AAAUUGUUAGUUAGUGCAUUCUAAAAUUAAUCGAUGUGAGCAUUACUCGAUAGUUGAAACAAAUUGCCAAGUUUCAUACCUAGCGGCAGCGGCGUUUUCGUUCUGUCAAAACAACAAAGCAUAGGUAACAAUAAAGAAUAAAAAAAGACUUAAAGUUAACGCAAACAACGACAUUCAAACGCAUUUAUCAAGUUGCACUCUGACGGCACGAAUAGGCGGCUCUUGUUAAAUUCUUCAGGGAUCAAUCAUAGUACAAUAACACAAACACAGGCACACACAUAUAUGUACAGUGUGUGACAUAAAUAUAAUUAUAAACAAAAUAUUGCAAUUUAUACACGAACGCCGCCGCUGCCAGCGCAAUGAAAAUUACUGUGACCACCACCGAUGACAAAAUAUUCUUUCUCGAUGUUGCCGAGGAUCUUGAAUUGGAAAAUCUCAAGGCACUCUGCGCCAUGGAAAUUAAUGUAGAAAUUAAUCAAAUAAUGGUGCUCUUUAACGGACGUGAGCUGUCCAACGAUAAGCAAUCACUAAAGCAAUGUGGUGUGCGUGAUGGUGACUGCAUUGUACUUGAACGUCGGAGGACGAAUGCAAAUCGUGCAGCUGCACAAGUAGUUGGCAAUCCAUCGAUUAGCCAAUUGGACUUCAGUAGCAUUGCUGUUCCUGGCACAAGCACAAACAUGGGCAGUCCACCAACGCCAAUGACGGGUAUAACAGUAGGUGGCAAUGGCGGCAGCAGCGGGAGCGGUAGUGGUGGUGGCGCGCUCGGUACCGAUAUACCCAUGACAGAUGAUUUCAAUGUGAACUUUGAUGAUGAUCCCGCAACAGUGCGUCAAAUGUUUUUAUCCAGCCCGGAGACUUUGGCGCUGCUGCGUCAAUAUAAUACACGACUGGCUGAGGCAUUGGACUCGGGUGAUUUGGACACAUUUACUCGUGUCCUGCGCGAGCAUAUUUCAGAGCGUAAGCGUCGCAAUGAUCAGCGCUUGCGCAUGCUUCAUGCGGAUCCAUUUGACGAGGAGACACAGCGCCUUAUUGCCGAGGAGAUCAAACAGAAGAAUAUUCAGGAUAAUAUGGCAGCUGCUAUAGAAUACAAUCCUGAAAUCUUUGGCACAGUCACAAUGCUUUACAUCAAUUGCAAGGUGAAUGGCACGCCGGUAAAAGCGUUCGUCGACUCGGGCGCACAGACAACCAUCAUGAGCAAGGAUUGUGCUGAGCGCUGUCAUGUGAAUCGUCUAAUCGAUACACGCUGGAAUGGCGUGGCCAAGGGUGUGGGCACACAGCCUAUUCUGGGGCGCAUACACAUGGUGCAGCUACAAAUUGAAAAUGAUCAUUUGACAUCGAGCUUUACGGUGUUGGGACAGCAACCAAUGGAUAUGUUGUUGGGUCUGGAUAUGCUUAAGCGUCAUCAGUGCCUUAUUGACUUGCAACGCAAUCUUUUAAUUAUUGGCACCACUGGUACCUCAACACCAUUCUUGCCCGAAAGCGAGCUGCCACCAUGCGCUCGCCUCACCGGCAAUCCCGAGGAUGCUGAGGAGCAGGCAAUCACGCAGGCCAUUGAACAGAGCAGACGUGAGGGCGGUGCCGCCAGCGGCAGUGGCAGCGGCAACGUCAUAACACCAAGAGAUCCAUUUACGGAACAGGAUGUUAGCGAUCUCAUGGCAAUGGGCUAUACACGCAUCGACGUCCUAACAGCCUUAAGACUCUCCGAGGGCAACAAAGAUGUGGCCAGCACAGUGUUGCUGAGCCGCAAUACCGCCGCUGGCGGCGCCGGACUCAGCUGAAAAGCGCCUCUACCUCAAUGGCAAAGCUCUGGGAACAAUCAAAAACCAUUAACUAGUUCAUGAAUAUCAAUAUUAAGAUUUUAAAUUCACUAAAGAAUACAAAUACAAGAGAAAAGUCGAGAAUAGCCACAGCUAAAGUAAAAUCAACUUAGAGCAAUUUCUUUUUAUAUACAAACGAAACUUUUAUAAUAACUUUUACGUGCCCACUAUACAAUAGUUCAUUAUUGAAUGCCUGCAUACAUAUAUACAAUUUUAUGUUUUA